CAGAGCCAGAAGCGACAGUAUCAGUAGUUCAGGUCAGCCAGCCCAGUCAGCAGCACUCGGCGCUGUCUUUUAUUCCUUUUUCUUAAAUUAGCCACUUUAAGCUUCGCGAUACCGCCCCCAAUUUCAGCGUCGGUACGGAGCCGCCAGGCCGGGACAGAGACGGAGAGAGAGGCCUCGGCAAUGGAAGCGCUCGGACCCGGCCCUCCUGCCCCUACGUCUCUGUUCCAGCCUCCGCGGCGUCCCGGCCUUGGCACGGUGGGGAAACCCAUCCGGCUCCUUGCCAACCACUUCCAAGUGCAGAUUCCCAAGAUUGAUGUCUAUCACUAUGAUAUCGACAUCAAGCCUGAGAAACGGCCGCGGAGGGUCAACAGAGAGGUGGUGGACACCAUGGUGCGGCACUUCAAGAUGCAGAUCUUUGGAGACCGACAGCCUGGUUAUGAUGGGAAGAGGAACAUGUACACAGCACAUCCACUGCCGAUAGGGAGAGACAGGGUGGAUCUGGAGGUGACUCUACCUGGCGAAGGGAAAGAUCAGACGUUCAAGGUGUCUUUGCAGUGGGUGUCGGUUGUCAGUCUUCAGAUGCUGCUGGAAGCCUUGUCCGGUCACCUGAAUGAGGUCCCGGAGGACUCCGUUCAGGCUCUGGAUGUCAUCACACGCCAUCUUCCUUCCAUGAGAUAUACUCCAGUGGGGCGUUCGUUCUUCUCCCCUCCUGAGGGCUAUUACCAUCCCCUGGGCGGAGGCAGGGAGGUGUGGUUCGGUUUCCAUCAGUCCGUCCGUCCCGCCAUGUGGAACAUGAUGCUCAACAUCGAUGUAUCGGCCACUGCUUUCUACCGUGCUCAGCCUGUGAUCGAGUUCAUGUGCGAGGUGUUAGAUAUACAGAACAUCAAUGAACAGACCAAACCUUUGACUGAUUCGCAGCGGGUCAAAUUCACCAAGGAAAUAAGAGGCUUGAAAGUGGAGGUGACACACUGUGGUCAAAUGAAGAGGAAGUAUCGGGUGUGCAAUGUCACUCGCCGACCAGCCAGCCACCAAACGUUCCCCUUACAGCUCGAGAACGGCCAGGCCAUGGAGUGCACCGUGGCUCAGUAUUUUAAGCAGAAGUACAAUCUGCAGCUCAAGUAUCCACAUUUACCCUGUUUACAAGUAGGACAGGAACAGAAGCACACUUAUUUGCCAUUGGAGGUCUGUAACAUAGUCGCAGGCCAACGCUGUAUCAAAAAACUGACUGACAACCAGACAUCCACCAUGAUCAAGGCGACAGCUCGCUCUGCCCCCGAUCGACAAGAAGAGAUCAGCAGACUGGUCAAAAGCAACAGCAUGGUCGGGGGCCCGGACCCGUAUCUGAAAGAAUUUGGCAUUGUGGUUCACAAUGACAUGACCGAGGUUACAGGGCGAGUGCUCCCAGCGCCCAUGCUGCAGUAUGGGGGCCGGGUGAGUACAGACACAGGGAGGGACUGUGGCAGGAAUAAAACUGUGGCCACGCCCAAUCAGGGCGUGUGGGACAUGAGAGGCAAGCAGUUCUAUGCCGGAAUUGAGAUCAAGGUCUGGGCUGUGGCCUGCUUCGCUCCACAAAAGCAGUGCAGAGAGGAUCUGCUCAAGAGCUUCACUGACCAACUGCGGAAGAUCUCAAAGGAUGCCGGGAUGCCUAUUCAGGGCCAGCCCUGUUUUUGUAAAUAUGCCCAAGGAGCGGACAGCGUGGAGCCCAUGUUUAAGCACCUGAAGAUGUCUUACGUGGGUCUCCAGCUUAUUGUGGUUAUCCUGCCUGGCAAAACGCCUGUCUAUGCCGAGGUAAAGCGAGUGGGAGACACCCUCCUCGGCAUGGCCACCCAAUGUGUUCAGGUGAAGAACGUCGUCAAGACCUCCCCACAAACUCUCUCCAACCUCUGCCUCAAGAUCAAUGCCAAGUUAGGAGGCAUCAACAACGUCCUGGUUCCUCACCAAAGGCCCUCCGUGUUCCAGCAGCCUGUCAUCUUCCUGGGUGCAGACGUCACACACCCUCCAGCGGGUGACGGGAAGAAGCCAUCCAUUGCGGCAGUGGUAGGCAGCAUGGACGGCCACCCCAGCCGUUACUGCGCUACAGUCCGAGUCCAAACGUCCCGGCAAGACAUGUCCCAGGAGCAGCUCUUCAGUCAGGAGGUCAUUCAAGAUCUGACCAACAUGGUGCGGGAGCUGCUGAUCCAGUUUUACAAGUCCACUCGCUUCAAGCCCACGCGCAUUAUCUAUUAUCGCGGUGGCGUGUCUGAGGGCCAGAUGAAACAGGUAGCGUGGCCGGAGCUCAUAGCCAUCAGGAAGGCGUGCAUCAGUCUGGAGGAAGACUACCGACCCGGAAUCACCUACAUCGUGGUUCAGAAACGUCAUCACACCCGUCUUUUCUGCUCCGACAAGGCCGAGAGGGUUGGGAAGAGUGGUAACGUCCCAGCUGGCACCACUGUGGAUAGCACCAUUACACAUCCGUCCGAGUUUGACUUCUAUCUGUGCAGCCAUGCUGGGAUUCAGGGAACCAGUCGUCCGUCCCACUACCACGUCCUGUGGGAUGACAACUGUUUCACGGCCGACGAACUGCAGCUCCUCACUUACCAGCUGUGCCACACAUACGUCCGCUGCACGCGCUCCGUCUCCAUCCCGGCACCGGCUUACUACGCCAGGCUGGUGGCUUUCCGUGCCCGAUACCAUCUAGUGGACAAAGACCAUGACAGCGCUGAGGGCAGCCAUGUGUCCGGCCAGAGUAACGGUCGCGACCCUCAGGCUUUGGCCAAGGCGGUUCAGAUCCACUAUGACACCCAGCACACCAUGUACUUCGCCUGAACUCGCCAGUUGACACACGUGGACUUCCUCCACAUCCUGUCUCUUAUCAUUUGCCAGUCUCUCUCUCUCUCUUCUUUUCCUUCUCGUCUCAUCUUUCUUACUGUACUCGCGUUUUCAUAUUUCCAAAAAUCUGCACCAAAGCGGCUCUUUGACGGGGGGUUUUCCGCCGUGUCCCUGACGUCCGGUAGUAGCUUUUAGAACGGAAUAAGCUCUCUUUAUCCGGCGUUUUCCCUCGUCUAGCCGCCUUUUUUUUUUUUUUUUAAACCAGCAAUCGAGCACUGCAAACCGUAGGGGUUUCCAAUGCACAGAAGAAAAUGAAACCAACCAUAACACGCAUACUAUUAAUUGAGCCAUUAUUUUUUUGCGUUUUGUUGUGUUAAUUUUUUUUUUUUUUUUUCUAUCUUGAAUGUCUGCACUCGUGUUUUUUUUAAACAUACACUGAGCAAAUGGAGUGUUCUUCUUACGCACCGAUUUCGCUCUCCCAGCUAAGCAGGACUCUGAUCUACUUUUUACCUCAAAGCCCAUCAGGGCAAAAAUCUGUCACAAGGUCUUGGGUUUUAUUGGGUGGUCGGGAGGGAACUCAUAUGAAGAGAUGGAGGGGGGGGGCUGACCUUUUGAGAAUGAUAUAUAUAUAAAUAUAUAUAUAUUAUAUUUUUUCCUUUUUAUGAGCGUGUGUUUUAACCUUUUUCUCCUUCAGUCUUUUACAAAAUGAGGUGACCUGGGUGUCCCAUACCCAUUAACACUUUCCUCCCAUCUUUUACGAAAGUGUAUACAAGUGAGCGUAUGUGUGUGUGUGUGUGUGUGUGUGAUUGUGUAUCUCUGUAUAUACGUGUACCUUUUUUGUUUGUGCGUGUGCACGUGCUUUCAUGGCAGGCCACUGAAUUGUAAAGGGAAAUUGAGGAGAUAACUGCUGUAAAUGCCUCAUUUGUUGUUGUUUUUUUUUUUUUUUCUAUUCACACAUACAGUACAUAUAAACGUAUAUAUUUACAUCUCUAGAGCAGCUUUGAGAGACUUUAAACCGGCCGUGGCUAUUUCCAGCAAUCCUGGGUCGAUUUAUGAAUUGAAAUCGAAAAUCCUUUUUAGUUACACGUUGACAAUAAUUAGCGGUUUGGCUUGAUGAAAUUCUGGUUGUGAUGUAGCAGUGAGGUUAUUUAAAAGCAGUGUUUGAUCUUUAUAUUUUUAGUAGUAUCGUACUGCUGGACAUUUGACCUUUUUAAGUCAUUUCAAGGUCCCACAAACCGGAUUAGUUUUCCUUUUCUAUCUUAUAGGUCUCCUUUUUUUGCAAAUACUGGCCAAUUCAUUGCACUGACCCGGGAUGCGAGGCAAGCAACAGAGGGCACUCUCGAUCUCUUAUUAUUAACCUUUAUGCAUUUAUACAUACGAAUCAACAAAGCAGAUUUGUAAAAAUUUUAAUAUAAAGACGUUUUGUGGUUAUCUUAAAAACUGUUGUUUAGAAUCUAGUGCUAUUGUCGUUGUUGUUGUUAUCGUUGUUGUAACUAUUGUGAUUUUGAGAUGUUUUUAAGCGUGAGCCUUUCAGAAGUAGUAAGUUUAUGGGCUGCCGGUCAGGGGGAGAAGGGUGGAAUUUUUUUUUUUUUGUAGCAUCCCAGCUAAUGGCGAGAAGACCCCCCCCCCUCCUGGAUGGAUGAAACUCAUGCUUCCUUUUUUUUGUUGGUCCAGGGACGAUUGUGGGGGCGUUUGUGUAGCACUCCAGAGUGAUACAACAGAUCUGCCUGUGUGUGUCACUCUGCUGGUUUUUCACCAGACAGAUGGAGACAAUCAGGGAUCGUAUUUGUAGUGAAGCUAGAGUGGGCAAUUUUUUUUUUUUUAAGCGGUCUGCGAUAGGGUGAUGAGAUCAAUUUCCUAACCUUUUUUUUUAUUAUUAUUACUCUGUGUGUAUUUUCAAGUAUACCCCCUCUUUAAAAGUCUUUACUAUCUAAGUGUUUUUCUUAUUGUUAUUAUGAAUUUUUAACACUGGAUUGAACGAACAAUCACAAAAACACUCAUAAAAUCACUUCUUGCCUCCGGUAGUUGCACAAACUUUUUUUUAUUUUUAAUUUUUUUGGAUAGACGAGCGUCGGAGGGGAAAAGUGUCGACGUUCACGCCUCGUCAGGCGGGCACAGCUCGACGUAAAAACCCUUUUGUAAUAAACCACCCGUAAAGCAGCAGGUUUAUUAUGAAUGAGUUUGAGCGGCUUACCUGUCGAAGGCGUGCGCGUUGGCGUUGUCCACAUCACUGCAUGCGAUAAACGUCUCCAUCACGUGCACUCUUGUCUUUUUUUUUUUUUUUUUUUUUUACGAAGCAAAAGUGGUUUCAUGUUCAUCUGAUCUGCAGAAUCGAAGCUCCAGUUUGAUUUAAAAAAACUACAUUGUGGUUUUUUUUUUUUUUGCGCAAAGCAAUAUAUAACCCAGUUCUACUGUCAAAAAUGUGGAAAGACAAAGCUGUAACUCUUAGCAUUGUGGUUUAUUUUUAUUUUUUUUAUGAAUUGCUCUGCUGUUGUCCCUGUAUAUUUUUUUUUCAUGUGUUUUUAAUUUGCUUGUAUCAAUCAGUGGGGAUGUGCAUUUGGUGGUAUAGUUACGUAGGCUUUUAGGUGAUUUUCUUUAUCUUUGCUCGCCUGCAUGCCAGACUAUUAACACAAAAACAAAAAAAAAGAGAAAAAAAAAUUUGGAAUCAUAUUUAUAAUGAUAAAGAAAAAGUAUAAAGGUUGUUUUUUUGGUGUAAAUGUUUAUCACUUUGUUGGGACUGUUUAGGCUAGCAAUAUCUGUUAUCAAUCUCUUUUAAUGUGUUUUUUAAAGAUUCCCACACAAAUGUCAGUAAUUUUUAGCGUCUGACAAAGAGGUGCAGGGGGGUCUGAUCUUCAGGUCGUGUUCAAAUUCAAAACGAGGUACUUUCUUCGGACACGGACCCGUAAGAAGAUCAAACCCCAAACCCAUCUCCUCUUUGCCAGGCCUCAGUAUAAGUGAGCGUCCAUAUUGUCUCCUUCUUCCUGGUUUCUACCUGUGGGCCAAGCCUCCUUUUUUCUGGUGCAGGGGUCUCUCUCCGAGUCUCUCCUGUCUUUACGGCAACCCUCACUAAAAAAAAAAUCACAAAAGAGUUACCUCUUUAACUAAAGUUAUUUCUAUCCCAAUGGGGAGAGCAUGAAAUAAAAAAAAAAAACUUUAAAAUUCCUUACACUUUGAUAUAUCACUAUCUUAAAAGGAGUAUUUUAUGAAAAUGUCUUUUUUUUUGAGGGGGGUCAUUUUUAGCUCUGCUCUACAUUUUUUUUGUUCUUUAAUAGCAAUACAAAGGAUCGGAAUGCUUCAAUUCGAUGAAUGGAGCGCCGAUUCUUUUUGAGCAGUAGAGGUGGAGCAUGUUAUAGACCCCGCCCCCUUGCAUUGGGCCAUUCACAUGGUAUUGCUAUAAGAAAUGCUCAAAUACAUUUUUUGUUUUAGCCUGCAGGGAACUCUUGUGUUAAUGUGCAAAGUAAUAAAUUGGUAUUUUAUGCCUUUAA